CACAAUGACGAACUUUGAUUACUAGUGCAAAUGGAAAUCUCUUAAACUGGACUAAUUAUAUUUAGUUUUUAAAAAUUUAUCUGAGUAUUCCUGAUUCUUGAUGAAAAAUAAGAAGUUUCAAAGUUCACCAUCACCUUAAACUUGAGUGAGGGUGAAGUGAACAGUGAAAACAAAUAUAACUUCUGACAAUGUAGCAUUGCAGAACAAGCGCGCGCUGAAGUAGCCAGGUUGUCAGCACGAAUCAGAGGAUUGAGUUCGAGUUAAGGGUUUUAUGGGUAGAGUACUGAUUUGAGAUAUGCGUAAGUCAACAUCUCCCUCCAUCACCAGAUUUUACAGUAUAAAUUUUGAGAGAUUUACUCUUAGCGAUUGUUAAUUUGUACCCGAAUAUCUCUCCCACCAGAGUUUGAGGCGCUACAGCUGAUUUCAGCAUAUGGGUGUACUGAGGUCUCUAUUUCUACGACGUGGCUUUGGUAUCCGGCGGUGUUGACAUUACCUUCUUUUAAAAGAAGAUUGUUCCUUCGCGAUAAAAGCACGAAAUUUAAGGGAACUUUGAUAAGCUGAUGCGAAACCCGGCAGUGAACAGUUAUAAAAAAUGUAAGCAAAAACAAAAUAGAACAAUUUUUUUUUCUAGACCUCUUGAAAAGAUGGGCGGUAUUCGUUAUGUCAUUUUACAGCACGAAAACAAUUUCUACCAGUCAGCUUAUCGUUCCAAAUGGAAACGUGACAUCUUGCUUGCACAAGUAAGUGACAUUUACAAGUCACCGUAUGCUAAAUCUAGGUUUUUAAUUACUUUUUCUUUAGAAAGCCGCACAGGGUUCAAAAUGAGUUUAAAUUGUACAUAGCCUUUUGGGUUUUUGAAAUUCUAAUCUUUUCUUUAAAUAUGAACAAUAUCUAAUUAUUUUGGCACAUUUUAACUCUUUUCUUCAUAUCCUGCAAGUCAGAAUAAGAAUAAAAGCAAUUACUGAAGUUAACAUUAGUUAUGUUUUUUGAAAGGAAAUCGACCACCCACUAUUCAUAGAACAUAAAUACUCAAGUUAUUAAAGAGAAAUAGGGAUAUAUUUCUGAACAGCUGCAAGCUGGCUGUUGUCUUGAGCUUUACGGUCAUCGACCCGCUUAAAAGACUCCGGUAUAGACGUUCACUUUGAUACUUUUUCUCUUCCGCUUUUACAAACAAUGUCACGAGUACAUAACUUUGAGCUUGAGGACAUUCAGUCAGUAGGGUCUUUCGUAAACGAAAGUCAAUCGAUCGAGUCACGAAUAGAGAAGGACAAUCGCGAAGAUUUAUCUUGCAAAAUUCGUCCCAUUCUGCGGUUAAUGAAACUAUUCGGAGAAUACUAUGGGGAUAUUUCAAUGGAUGAAGGGGUGCAGUCGGACUCCAGCUUCUUUUCUCGUUUUUACUGUGGGAUGGUAUUGAUCAGUCAGUGGUUUCUUGUGGUACAAGCUUCCACCAGCCUUUUCUUUGAAGGCCUAAGGGAGAUGAAGACAUUUUACUUUUUAUUGAUCUUCACCAUUUGGUAUGUCCAAUGUGCGGCAUUUACCACGAUCAGCCUCAUUAAUUUGCCCAAAAGGCGAGCAGAGUCGUCUCGCUUUAGACGAUUUUUCGACAGCUUACUAUCAACAACAUCUGAUUUCAGUGGAAAGACGACACAUAAAGUGUAUUUAACACUGACGUUUGCUUGCACCUUCGCUUUUCUCAAUACUGUUUUGCUUUUGAUGCUAGAUUUUUACGAAAAUGUCUCGGUAGCCCGUUUCCGACCAUGGAAUGGAUUAAUUACAUUUCGUUGGAUUCAGUUAACGUUUUCUGGUUUUGGCGCCCUCGCAUGGGGAUUAGCAUGUACAUUGUUUUAUGUCUCAUGCGAAUUUUUGGUCCAAAUAUUUGACAAUUUGGAGAAAAAAGUUUCAACAGAGAGUCCCAAUGUCCCCAAUAUUCGAUCUCUGAGAUUGGAACACGGUAAACUCUGCGAAAUAGUUACUCUCGCCGACAAAGUAUUCUCACCUCUGAUUUUGUUGACAGUUAUUUUGGACGUCCCCUUGAUGUGCAUCAAUUUCCACCAGCUCGUGAGAUCUCCAUUUUCUAGCGACAAAAACAUCAUAUUUAUUGUUAAUGUUUCGUACUGGUGCAUUUGUCUCACGGUUAAGUUAGCCUUUGUCAUGUGGUCUGGGGUAAAAGUCAAUGAGAAGGUGAGUUGCGCAUCCUCCUGCCAUUAAGAAGGAAGGAAGGAGCUUAGGUAGUGUGUUGGACUCCAGAUUAAGUCUAGAUCUGGGUCAUUCUCAAUUUUAUAUUCAUUUUAGGAGAAACCAUAAUUAUGCAAUUUAUUAAACUUUUUCCGCCUAGAUUCAUAGCCUUUAUGACACCCUGCAGAACAUUGAUGUUGCUGACUGUAAAGAGCAUUUGGAGCUGCUGCAUUUCCUGAUGCAUCUUCGUGGAGAACCAAUCGGAUUGUCGGCAGGAGGAUUGGCAGUGAUAAACAGAUCACUUGUACUCUCGGUAUGAAUUUACCCAAAUUUAGUUUUUGACAAAACUACCAAUAAAACAAAAACUGUCGACAAACGCAGAGCCAGAGCAAAAUGGAGCAAUAACUAGUGAUUUAACUAAGUCGUAUUCAUAAACUUAAAACCUUCGGGUAGGCUGUUGCGACUGAUCCAUCGUGUGUUAAUGAGUAUCAGGGGCGGAGCAUGCUACAAUUUAUCGACACAAAAAUAAUAACAAAUUUCAAAAGUGAGUAGUUUAAAACAGUUAAUGUAAUCAUGCACUUCUCGUUCACAGAUGUCCUUGUUGUAUGUUGGUGUGCAUCUUCUCAUUCUAAAAUUUUUUUUUAUAUUUGGUGACCUGCAUGCAAUAUCAUUUCGAAACUAAGAGACAGCCCGGACCCUUCUAAGAAACGGCGUUAAGAGCUUAAUGGCACUGACCCACAACUAAAUACUUUAAAGGAAACGCCCCAGCUGAAGCGAUCAAGCAUUUUUAGUUUUACUAUCGAAGAUCGUGUAGGAGAAGCAUAUUUAAUCGUUCAGCGAAUUAUUUCAAUGAUGUCUAAACCUGAUUUGCAUAAAAAGUGUACUGUAUAGACUCUGAAGUGUUUUACUUCCCAAAACUAAACAUUUUACAGUAAUAAUCUAAUAGACAUUUUUUGUUUCAUUGCAGCUCGUCGGGAUAAUCAUCUCAUACUUCGCAGUGCUCAUAACUUUGCCAAGUUAAAUCAAUCGUGAUCUUCUUCCUCGUACAUACAGGCUUCCUCUUCCAUGUCUGGUUUAUGCGGAAAUUAUAUAUCACACGUCUCGAGGACUCUACUCCCAACUGGUAGUAAUGAAAGCCCAGCAAUGAACGCUUGUUUUUUUUUUUGUUUUUGUUUUUUUUCAUUUUUUUGAUGAUUACCAAACGAUAUCUUUACAUAUAAUUAACGGCAAUAAUACAUUCUACAAUGUACAAAUUUUAAUCUUUCAGUUUAUGAUAUCAGUUUUGAGAUUGCUCUGAGAGUAAUAGAUAAACUGAAUUACUCUAGAAUUUCGCUGAUUCGUAGGUUAAAUUAAUCGACGCUCAAUCGACGUUGCGCUAGGCUUCGACGAUAUGCUGUCGUUCUAGCUAUAAGCUCCCUAAUAUUACUACAAAAGUAGUAAGCCUACAGGUAGCCCCUGUUGAACGUUAAUCCAGGAUUUAAUUUCUAUUUUUUUAAAAGUGUUUUUCAUUGAUAAUGGCUUUUUGCAGUUUGAGAUUAGUCGAGGCUAAAACAUAUAACCAGAAAUCCUCCAAAAAUCCCCCCCCCCCCCCCCAAAAAAACAACAACAACAACAACAACAACAACGACGACGACGACUGACGAUAUAAUUCUGGGCUGGCUUCAUCAUCAGCCGAAAGCGUAUGUUUUGUUAGUAUUCUGAGCGCCGUAGUACAAUUAACGGAAUGAUUAAUACGCAUGGGCUAAUACGCCGCCAUUUCCAUCAAACGUAGGGCUAUCUAGCUGUCCCUUACUACCUACCGUCAUAAAAUCCGCUUCCAAAGCUAAAAACACGUAAAUAUUAUUGUAGAGAAAUUUGGAACAUCGAAUCCGUUUUAAGGGCAAGGUUGCUGCACAUUUCAGUAAAUUACAAGCGUAUGUCAAAGCGCCCUCUUUUCUGACAGUUAAUGCGUAGUGUCGCUUUAAAUGUUCCGCAACAUUUUUUUUUUUUUAAGAAAAAAUAAUGCGGGGUAGAACUGUCCUCAUCAUUGAAGGAGUUCAGUCACAGUGUAUGACGUAUUUUGGCCACGUACUAAAUUACCUUUAAAUUGAAUGAAACCUGAAAUAGUAGUUUAUUAAGAUAGAAACGCACCAACGAGAUUAUACAAACAACUGCUUAAGUUGUGUGUAUAACUGCGAUGAUCAACCAUAACGCCUUCAUAAUUAAAAGGAAUAUAAUCACUUCGUAGGAAAACAGUAAUCUAUCGAAGCUAUGAAAUUGUCCUUUUUUUUCUAUAUUAUCACUUGAAAUUGAGCGAUUAACUGAUUAUAAUCUAGAAGAGACCUUGCGAGUUUUGGAGUUUUCCGUCCAGUUCAGGAAUUGCAUUUAUGGCUCGUCUUGUCUUACGAAAAUAACGUUAUCUCAACUCAGUGUCAAUGCCUGAUGCAUAGCUAACCCUGUUUUUUUUAAGAGAAAAACUGAUGCCACUCCUUCUACUGGGCGCUUUCAUCAUUGGAACUCAUAAAUUAUAUCUAGUUUAUUUAAAGUUUAAAAAGGAAAAGAAAACAAAGUUAAAAUAAUUGUAUUAAGCGUCAGAGAGUAAUACAUGAGCGUGUUCGCCCUGAAUAAGGCCACGGAUCGCUGUGUAUCCACAGCCGCCUCGUUAUGAAACAUAAUGACCCUCAUGAGAUAAAUCCCUUAAUAACAUCUGUCGUUAGUCCCCCUAUAGAGGACAAAAAAAUAGAAAAACAGGAUGCUAUGUGCUAGAAUCCACUCCCACAAUUCUUAAACCCUUUGGAUGAUCAACGUCCGUCAGUUAACGCAGUAAACUCUUUUCUAAAUUAAGACGAUUCAUUUUGCAUAUUGCUGAAGUGUCCUAGUUUUGGACGAAGGCUAACUUUCGAAGGACUGUACAGUAGAAUCUGCGGAGCCUACGUUACAAUGAUCCAAAUGAGACUGUUCUUAACAUGACCUUUAUUCGUUUCAUAAGUUAAUAAAAACGUAAAUCGUCAACUUAAUGACAAUGCCUUAGUUUUCCUGUUUGCAAUUGAAGAAAAAAGUCGAUUAUUUGCUAGUAAACAUAGUUUUGGAGUUGGUACACCUUGCUGCCUUUACUUAGCUUCAAAGUAAACUAUCUGCAAAUUCUGUAACACUGACAAAAAAGAGGUAAAGUGUUUUAAAUUCCUUGUUCCUUGUAACUGGAGUAAGGUUUGUAUAAUGUACAACGUUUGAUUAAAGCGCUUGCGCGCAGUUGCGAGGAAGCACAGUGGCGCCAUUGUUUAAUUUAGAUUAAAUGACUUUCCAUUUGCUACCACUGUAAUUUUACAGCUCUUAUUUCAGUCCCAGAUCAAGAUGGGUAAAUAAUGAACACAAGGCUCCGCAAUAUAUUGUCAAAGUCUUGUUUUUAAUCACUCAGUUCAUUCUACAGUGCAGUGAUAGCAA